AUUGAAAGGUUUCUUUUUAUGUAGAUCGAAUACAUUUGCAGCUAAUUUUCCCAAGGGGCAAAUCUAGGCUUAAAGGAUGAAUGGGAUCAAGAAGGGUUUGGGUUAAUAGUGGAAUGUGAGACCCGUAACAGAGGAUUGUGGGGGCGGGGUAACCUUUGGAUGCUGAUGUCAUCAGAUUUGACCUUGACUUUUUUAUGAAAUAGACUUUUUCCAAAGACACAAACUGGUUUUGCACAGGCUGUUGCAUCUCACUGCGUGUGGCAUUUCUUGUGUUUAGUGGAACAUCAGAUCACUUCAGGAAUGCAGAUAAUGUCACUUCUCUCAAGCUGUCAUCGGAUGCUAUCACUCAAAUAACAACGGAGAGUUCAGAAAAGACCACAUUUUCAUCAGAGAUUAUUAUUAAUUCUCAGUCUCACAACAUCCUUAACAAGCCAUCUCAUUGCCCAACUGCUCAGCUUUCACUAUUGCCCUACAAGCCUUCUGGAAGUGCCGAAAUGUACUAUGUUCCGAGCUCAUUGGAGCCACCCCAGUAUCCUGUUGCCAAGUCAGAGACCACUCUGGAGAGCAGCCACUCAGGCUCCAAUGAUGCCAUUGCUCCAGAUUUCCCCCCUGACGCCCUGGGCACAAGGGAUGAGAACAUGUCCGAUAUCGUAACCAUCAAGCACAAAGAAGGCAUCUAUAGCAAGAAGACCGUGCGCAAGGCAGCCUGGACUGAAGAACGAAACCCCCCCCAAGAAGAUGUCUCAGAAUCUAAAGAUCAGUUGAAACUUGAAAACACUACCCAUUCUGUGUUCAAGUCGGCCCAGUUUUACUUUCACCAUCCAGUGCACCAUCAACAUGAUCAUGAUUUCUUUUCCUGCCGUGAGCCCUGGGGAAGGGGAGCUUUCCUGGCUCAUUCCAGAAGAGACAAAGACCCAUGUUUCAGUCCACCUUAUGAAGCUUGUGAAGAUGAGCAUAGAUUCUCCCCCUUACAGACUGAAAUGGAUUACACCAGGAUAGAGAGGUACUGCUGGAAUGUUGGAGGUGGCAGAGAGCCAGGGGCCAGGCAGAGGCUUGAAGAGAAUCUCAAAAUUGGUAGUAAGAUGAGCAGUGGGAAAGAAACCUCGAGGAUCCGCUUUUCUCUACCGCAGACCCUUGAGCCCAGCACCACUUUGAAUGAGCUCUGGAACAGGUUUCAGGAGCGACAGAAGAAACAGAAGCCACCUGCUUCCACCUCCUCAGAUGAAUUAUCCUUGGUUGAUCGUCUUGAUCGCCUGGCAAAGGUCCUUCAGAAGCCCAUGAUGCUCUCUCUCCAGGCAUCCCAGCCUGCCCGAGAUGAUUGCAGAGGGGAGAGCACGCAGCAGCAGAGGAGAAGGAAGCACCAGCUAAAGAAGAAAGAUGAAGUUGAGUCUCUGUCUUCUCACAGACCAAGAUUGCCCUCCCAGUCUCCAUUUGGACUAGUGGAUAGGAACCAAACGAAGCUCACCCAUCCCAGACAGCCAGGACUGGAUUCUGUAAGCCCCAUCUCUUCAGAUUCUAGGCCCUCCCCCGAGCCCGAAGAUCCUAUGUUUGAGUCAGAUGCGACUACCCAGACUGAUUGGGAGGCAGGCCCACUUGCGGAGGUGAGCAGUGACAUGUCCAUCGUUGACCUUGCCCGGAUAGUCCAGGGAAGAAUGCAUGCAUCACCAAAACGCCAGCAGAAGCACUUCUCUGAGAGGCAGAGAGAGGAGAGUAGGAAGGUAGCCAAGUGGAAGAAAAUCUCCCCAACCUCUCCUCAGCUCAGAAGGAAAGGCAUGCAGGUGGAUUCUGUUAUUUCCUCAGACUCAGUCUCAACUGUCAGUAGUGCUUGGAGUCUAAGCCCCACCCACAGGAAGAAGCAGACUGUCCAGAUGUUAAAUAAGGGUGUUCAAACAGGGGAAUUGGAGAUUGUGAGAAGUACAAGGAAAUACACUCGAGAUUUUGGGGUGACUUUUCCAACCCCAGAUUAUAAUGUGACUGGUAGAAGAGUAGAUUAUUAUGUGAACUCUUCAAGUCCAGGGAGCAGUUCAGAAGAAAAGAAGCCUGUGACUAUUUAUCUGUGGACCAAGAAGCCGAGGAAGAGUAAACCUCACGGCCGUGAAGGGGUUUCCUGGUUUAUUCCUGCAGAAAACUUGAGUUGUGCCUCCAAGAAGGAGAACCAGAGCAGUUGUGUGUCUGGCCCCGGCCCCUCCUGGUUCGCCUCCCUGACUGACACCAAGCCCUGGAGGCAGCCCCUUCGAGAGCAGAACUGGCAGAUGGACGGCAAGGGCAGCGAUAGGCUGCAGGCGGCGUCGCCUGGCCCCAGCGAUGACAAGGAGGCCCAGAGACGAUUCGUGAAGGCAGGCCUGCAGGUGUGCAGGGCUAUGGCUGUGCCGAAAGACAGAGCCCUCAGCCCCCGUGAGUCCCUGGAGAGGCUCCGCCCUGACUUCAUCUCGCGCUCCGGGGCCCGGGUGAAGCGGCUCAGGUUAAUGACGGAGGAGAGAAAGCUGCAGUGUCAGCUGCAGAGGGAGCGGGACGAGCUGUUCAACACGGCUGAGCCACAGAGGGAGUCCCAGGACAACGCCUGCUUUCUUUCUAAGAAAGGUUACAUGACUCUGAGGAACAGGACAAUAACCAAGAAGGAAAUGAUACAGCGAUCGAAAAGGAUCUAUGAACAGCUUCCCGAAGUGAGGAAGAAGCGAGAAGAGGAGCAGAGAAAAUCAGCCUGUGCCACAUACCGCUAUAAGGCCCAGCUCUACAAAAUGAAAAUCACCAACCGUGUCUUAGGGAGAAAAGUCCCCUGGGAUUGACAAGCAAGAUGAUCUUCUUUGAAUUCUUAAAUUUUAUGUUGUUUUCUUCUUUAAUUCUAGACUUCUACGUGGGUAUUACGUGUGAUGUGAAUAUGUAAUAGUUGCAUAUGUGUUUUUGUGUGUGUUUAAUAAAAGUUAUUUGAUGUUUUUGUGCAAUUUAAAAAUAGUGAGUUUGUAGGGAGUUGGGGGUGUCCCAGAUGCAGGUGGACAUGACUUUCUUUUGGGGGCCUUCUUCCCACAUGACUGUUCUGAAACAAUGGCUUUCUCUUUCAAUUCCUCCCAGAAGCAGGGCUUCUUUUGCAUAUGUUUUUGUACUUUUAGAAAAUAAAUGAGUUUUGACUUAGAGCAAA